UUGCUAGUGAGAGUUAACUGUAUAUAUAAUACCGUUAUAUAUAUAUAAAAAAAAAGUAACUGAAAUAAAUGUAUUGAACAGUUUGCACAAAAUGCAUGUAAAAUUAGUAAUAUAUUGAAUGGUUUUGUCAGUCCCCUGAACGGCCUUGAAUAGCUCUGUCAGUAAAUAAAUACAUGAUUUUCCAGCCGCUGCUAAACAGAGUCCCGUGUGCUGCCAUGGACAGUGUGAAGAUGGAAUCUGCCCAGAUUAAAGAGGCGAUCCCUGAACCUGAACUUCUCCACUUUAGAGUGUCCCUUGGACUGGUUUCCCUCCCCAUUAAACAGGAGCUCUGUGACAUGCAGUGUGACAGCAGUCAGCCAGAGGUCCCUGAGAUUAAAGCUGAGCACAGUGAAUUGGAGAUCCCCCAGACAGAAGAACCCCUUCCUGUGAAACAAGAAGUAGUGCUGGAAACUGACCCUAUUAAACGGGAGCCCCCUGAAGUAGAGUUUGACCACAUGGAACCAGGGAAGGAAGAGUCCGAGGACUUCAAACCAAACAACCCUGAGCUGGAGCCUGUACGCCUGCGGGAGUGUAGCGUGGUGCUGGAGAGGAUCUGCGUGAGAGAGAAGCAAGGCGCUGGAGGGGAAGGCUGUCCCGCCAGCACGCAAGGAGGUGGAAAGGAAGACGGACGCUCCCUUUCAGAAUGCAGUCUAGCAGGUUCCAGUCCAGCAGCUAAAGCGCGGGCGGGCGCUGGAGAAUGUCCUGACUGUGGGAAAAACCUCACCCAGUUAAGAGCCCUGAAAAAACACUAGAGAAUUCACAAAGGAGAGAAACGGUUUUUCUGCUCUGACUGUGGGAAGAUUUUCUGUCAUCAAAGAAGCCUGAGAAGACACCAGCUAAUUCACACAGGAGAGAAACCGUAUCGCUGCUCUGACUGUGGGACGAGUUUCAGGUACUUGGGAGACCUUAAAAUACACCAGCGAAUUCACACAGGAGAGAAACCUUAAACAUCUUGUUCAGUAGGACUCCUCACGUAUCUCUAUGUUUGAAAUCAACAGAAGAUCAAAAUUGAGGUGCCUCAAACUCUAACCCUAACCCUGGUGCCCCAAGAGGAAAGUCCUCGACCAACGCAUGCUGCCAGUGCUGACUUACGGGUGUGAAUUCUGGACCCUCGGUGCAAAAACGUCUCAACGGACUACGGAAAGGUGCAUGCUGGGAAUAACGAGGAGACAGGAACAGGAAGCUACGGAUAAGAGCGCGCAAACAAAAAGCAGGCGAUGUUGUCGUUAUCAGAGCGAAAAAAACUGAAAUGGCAGGGCGGGCCGGACAUGCAGCAAGAAGAGCAGACCAUCGCUGGACCGAGGAGACACUAGACUGGAUCCCGAGAGAGAAAGAGGAGAGAGGAGACACUAGACUGGAUCCUGAGAGAGAAAGAGGAGAGAGGAGACACUAGACUGGA